AUGAGUCAACCCCAAUAUGGAAGAGAUAUGGAUCGACCGCCAAUUGCAGGAUCCGUCAAGCGGGCGAGAGAGCGGGCUCAAGCUGGAUAUCCGAGGGAAGAUUAUGCACCACCGCCGGCAACACGAUUCCCAAUAGUAGAAGAAGGCCCAGACAGUCCCACAGAUGUCUCACCGCCACCGAGCCGUCAGAACGUCGAACCAUCCCCGUCCCGAAUUCCGAGACCGUUGCCCCCGGCCGCGCUACAGAACAGAGACGGGGGCGUCAGCAUGGCCAUAUCGCGGCCGACUCAAAUUCCCCAGUGGCCGUUACCUGGACCCAUCCCGUCCCCAUCACCCGAAGCAGAACCGUAUCGACCUCCCCCAGGCCGGGGACCGCCCCCUCAACGGCCGCCGCGCCCGAGCAGGGUGCCUUCGAUCCUAGACAGUUCACGAGUGCAGGAUCACACUCCCGUGUUUCAAUACACACCACAACUUGGACGAGAAUCGACGCUGAGCCAAGAUGCCUCCUCCGCACCACUUACACCGUCAUCGAGACACACGCAGUCGUCAUUAUCGUCUGUCGGAUCGAUUCCAGACUUUCCUUUGCCGGCCGCCCUUCCCCCGGCCGCACUUCCUCCUCCCGGUCCGCCUCCACCGAUUGCUCUUCCGAGACGGAGCGUCACCCUCGGACCACCGCCUUCGUCUCGCCGAGGCGACUCGUCAUUCUACUCGAACGCCUCCUUCGUUUCCCCGAUUCCCGAAGAAAGCCCCCGGUCCAGGUCACAUACAUCCUUUGCAUCCAGCGCAGCUAUGCCAGAGAGCUGGGGUAGUCAAUCGCCAGGAUUCAGCCCAGGCUAUCCAGAUGAGUUUUACGAGGACGACGCCUACUCCACCGAAGAUGAGAACAGCCAGAUGAGCAGAGGGACCACGUCACCUUAUGGUGACGGUGGCGACGAAAGCAAACUCGUGAGGAGUGCGAGCGUUGGCAAGAUGCAGAAACCGGCCAUUGUGAUGAACCGGGGUGCCAGUGGCGGUGAUCCGAUGCCGCAGGAGGCGCUCCGCCCGACACCAUCACCCCUCCAAAACCAACUUCCACAUAGCCCCUUCGACAACGGCACGGGCUAUGUCGAGGGAUCCAGCUCGUCGGGGACUGUUCCUACAAUGGCAGCGACAGCAAGCACUCCGUCACUAACUGCUAACGCAAUGCUGGGUGCCUUUGCUGCUGCUAGCGCAACAGAUCCGGCCGAAAUGAGAAAAGUGACACCGUCACCACGGCCAUAUAGCCGUUUGUCGGCGAUUAGACGGCCACCUAAAUUGGGACUCGACAUGGAUUCUGUCAGACAAAUGGAGUCUAGAGGUAGCAUGACUAGCUUGCCGGACCUCAUUAAGCGUGCUACUCGGUUGGCUGCCCUCAUCGACCGAGGACGCAGACCUGCCAGCAGGUUCGACAUGGACGGAGAAUGGCCCGACGAGAAGGCGUUUGGGCGUGAGGGGGAGGUUCAGAUGUCCGGUGCGACUGCAGCUGAGAAACACCAGUCAGGGCUCUCUGACAUGUUGGCUGCUUUUCCCCCGCCGGCAACUACCCCCAAUCCUCCUAAUCGCGGCAGUUGGUUCAGACGUGGUUCUACUGGUUCUUGGCCUCUGGCACCAGGGAGCCGAGAGAGUACUCCACAGAACAUCACUCGUGCAAUGGCUGCGAGAUCCUCGCCAUUGGCCCGGCUCGAUUCCAAUAGUGAUGAAGGUUCUGUCAAGCGCCGCAGAAGAUGCUGCGGCCUCCCCCUCUGGGCGUUCAUUCUUAUCGUCAUUCUGGUUUUGGGCAUCAUUGCCGCAGCAAUCAUCGUUCCACUGGAGUUUUUCGUCUUCCGGAAGAAUCGCGCAGGUAGCACCCCCACCGCCGAGCCGGCUUUGACUCAGUGUCAGAACCAGCUCAAGUGCGAGAAUGGCGGCACCAAUGUCAUCUCACAAAACGUCUGCUCAUGUAUUUGUACAAACGGAUUUACUGGGCAGACUUGCGCAGUGGCCGGAGCUACAGGUUGCACCACGACAAAUCUUGCGGGAUCAUCUAAUAUCAAUAAUGUCACCCUCGGCCAGGCGAUACCUCGGCUCCUGCAGCAGUCACAGACAAACUUCACGAUCCCCCUAGACGGGACCGACAUUUUGGCCAAGUUCAACACGGAGAGUCUGUCGUGCAUCGCGCAGAACUCGCUCGUCACCUUCGAUGGGCGCUCAACUCGCCAGGGCACUCCGCAGUCCGGGCAAGUGGUUGCCAACGCGGACGUGAACGCUGAUGGUUUCGUUCCCGUUCAAAUCAUCACUCUCCUACCUGGCCAAGCAACAACAAUCACGUUCAAUGCAAUCCAGACCGGAGCCGUCAUCGGGCCAUCUGGUAACAUCGUGGGCGGAUUCACCACGCUCACAGGCCCGUUCCGCGUCACGACGAUUUAUGCGUCCAGUUCGACCAUGUGGGCCACGAUUCCUAUGCCGCCUAAGCCGACCACGGUCCCGUCAGUUCCUGUUGUGACGCCUACCUUACCGCCGCCUGCGACCUCGGCGCCGCCUACGUCAACGAAGUCACAGGAUCCUAUCCUCCCUUCAAACCCAGUAUCUUCCGCGCCGGCAGCACCCACGCCUACUUUUACGACGACGGAAGAGACGCUUGACUUUGCGCGAGUGUCAGUACUGCUCAUCCUUCAGAAGCAGAACCUCAUGGCAGCAACCACGGCGCAAACUGUCCUUCAGCGUUUCUUCUCAGCCGCCGACCAGGGAAGCCGGCAGCAGAACGGUGGUGUUCCGCUGAGCCAGGCCCUGAACGUCACGCUUGGUGGGGGCAACUCGGUAGACUUGGUCCACUUCCUCAUUACAAUUCCCGGAGGUGUUUCGAAUAGUACGGCUAGCUAA